CACUGGGAAGGCGAAGCGCCAUUUUUAAAAUGUCUCAUUGCAAAGGCGGAACAAGCAUUUCGGACGUUUAAAAUUUCCUUUUUUUAUACGUCACGACUGUAAUCAUAAUGCAGCACAUACAUAGAGAACUAGCUGCUAUUCUCGCUCCCUGACUCUUCACUCUUAAGCUUCCCCUGUUGCUAAAAAGAUGGAAACCCUUCCAGAAAUGCUUCCUCAAAUGAGCAGUACUCUCGCCAUUUCUGCUGCUGACACCGAACUACAGAAACUUCUGAUCGAUGAACGAAUGAGAUGUGAGCAUCACAAAACAAACUAUCAGACACUGAAGGCAGAGCAUACCAGGUUGCAGGACGAGUAUAUAAAAUCUCAAAAUGAGUGUAAACGACUGCUGGUGGAAAAGCAGAACACACAAGAGAAAUUCCAGCUUAUGCUUGCUGAGUUACGAGGGGAGCUUUUAGAUAAAACACGGGAAGCUGAAGAGCUGAAACUUAAAGUGUUAUCACCUCAGAAAUUAGAGCUGCUAAAAAUUCAAAUACUAGAAGAACAAGACGCUCCAAUGAAAGAACGUUAUCAGCAGCUGGAGGAAGAAGCAGAAAAAUACAGGGGUGAUUAUAAUAAGCUAAGAUAUGAGCUUACAAUGCUAAGAGCAGAAUUUGACCAUCAAAAGGAAGAACAUGAACGCGUUUUACAGGAACGACGGAUAAAAUAUGAAGCUGAGAUUUUACAACUAGAAAGAGAAAAGAAAGAGCUCCAUGAUCAGAUCAUGUCUGUUGAUCCCACAAGAGACAGCAAACGCGUGGAGGUUCUCUUAAGGGAAAAAGCUCAAUUAUACCAAAAGCUAAAACGCUUAGAAGCUGAGACCACUGAACUGCGAGCAGAAAGGGAAAAUUAUGGUGCACAGGCAGAAAAUGUCCAGAGAAUACAGGUGCGACAGAUGGCUGAGAAUCAAGCAACCAUUCGUUCUCUGGAGGCAGAAAAACAGUCUAUGAAAUUGCAGCUUGAACAUUUGAAUAAACAACUUCAUGAAUCUACAGAGCAAAAUACAAUUCUGACCACAAAGUUGCACAAAAUGGAAAGAGAAGUAAAUGCUCUAACUAGCAGGUCAGAUGAACUCAAAUAUUCCUAUAAAAUGGAAAUUUCUAAUAUCAAGCUAGAAGCAGCAAAAACAAAGAAUGAAGUGGAACGAGAGAGAGACAAAGUUCAAAAUCAGGUGGAUGUAAUGCACACUGAAAAUGAAAUCCUGAAAGCAACACUUGAUAGGCAAAAAGAAAUAUUGGCUGAAAAAGAUCGUGAAUUGAUACGAAAAGUACAGGCUGCCAAAGAAGCAGGAUUUCAGCAGCUUGUCACACUUCAGGAUGAAAGGCUGGAGUUAGAAAAUAGAAUAGCUGAACUGGAGCGGUAUAAAUUGGAGCAUGACAACCAGAAACAGACUGAAAUCAGCCAGAUAGAAGAAAAACUGCAUAUUGCGCAGACAGCAGAGGAGUCGACUAGAAGAGAGCUUCAGAGUUUAAGAUCAAAACAUCAGCAGCAAGUUUCCUAUAUAGAGCAGCUACAAAAGGAGAAACAUGAUGAAGAAGACCUUAAACAGCAAAUUAAUGAAUUGAAAAUACAAGUUACUUCUUUGUCAGAAUCGGAAAAUAGCUUGCUGCUUGCUAAUGAAAAACUGCGAGAAUUAGUGGAACGAUUAAAACUGGAAAAUCGUAGUGCAAGAAAUCAAGUUGAGAAAACACAAAAUGAUGCAGAAAAAGAGCUGGAGUCAAACCAGAUAGAAUGGCUGCAAGAAAAACACAAAUUACAGAAAACCUUAUCUGAACUGCAGGAGAAAUACAGCCAAAUGAAAGAGAAACUGCAGAGAGCAGCAGCUGCCCAGAAGAAGAGGAAGUCUUUAAAUGAAAAUAAAUGCACUAAACUUCAGAAGAAAAUAGAAUUGUUGGAGGCAACGAAGGAAGAAUUAGAGGCUCAAAAGCAUGUGUUAAACAGACAGAAUGUUCCACAUGAAGAAUUUGGUCGACUUCAAAAAAAGCUAAAAGACCUGCAGCGAAGACAUAAUGAAUUUCGAAGUCUCAUUUUGGGUCCAAAUAUUCCAGCAUCUGGACUAAUUAAUCCAGCUAGCUUCCUGUCUUCCACGGUGCUGCCAGGUGCUGACCUCUCCUUUAUAAAUGCUCAGGAGGAACAGCACCAAAGGGAACUGUCAUUGCUUCGUAAGAGAUUAGAGGAACUAGAAACUACCCAGAGGAAGCAGCUGGAAGAACUUGGUCCUCCCUUUCAACACAGCAAGCUUGACAGCAGUCAGUCAGUAUCACAAAAACUUACCAUUGAUGGAGAGGACUAAAAGAUCAAUUAAUCACCAUUUCACGUGUGUUAAAAUUACACUGCAAUACACCCAAGUGAAAAAAUAUAUGCAAAAACAUUUCAUGCCGUACAUACAAUCUGUACUGAUUGCACACAAGGGCAGUUCUCCUGUGAAUUAACUUUUAGUAUGUUAUAGAAGGACUGGUUCUAAGUAACUUUUCAAUUAGUCUUCUUCUUUUAUAAUUUUUUUAAUUACUUGCCUUCCUCUUUUAACUCCUUCCAGCUUUCGUUUGUGGGACAAUGACCCGGGCAUCCAAAAAAACUAUUACUCUGUGAGGCUUCAAUUUCAAAUUAGAGAACUGCUAAACAAAAACUAAAAUAAAUACAGAAAUAAAAUGGAGACCAAUUGCAAAUUGUCCCAGAAAAGCACUCUCUACAUCAUACUAAAAUUUAAUUUAAAGGUGAACAACCCCUUUAAUACCAAUGGCUUGUUUCAUUGAUUUUUCUUCUCCGUUUGUAAAGCUUGACAGUUUGUUGGCCUAAACAAGUUAUGAAACACUAACACUGUACCUCAGAAAAUGUGUAUUUUUUAUUUCAGUAAUCUGAUCUAAAUACUGUGUAUAUUUGUGUUUUCCACCUGUUAUUUAUUAAGAUUAAAUGGUCACAAAACAAAAAUGAUUAUACAAUUUACACUAUGCAACAACCUAUAUUAUAAGUAGGGCCUAUUUUCCUUACCAUAAAUAGACUGGAAUUUCAUUCUUUGUAAUAUUUAUGUAAUUCUAAACACCGAGCACAUUGUUUUAUGUGGAAAAAUAAAUUUUGUGAAAUCAUUUUAAA